GGUGCAUCGUUGUUUUGGAAGACAAUUUUGGUAUUUAUAUUUUUUUCAGUGUUGUCCUUUUUUGUUCAAAACAACAAACACUUUAUUGUUUGUUGGUACUGGGAUUGUGGAUAUUUGUGAGAUUGUGAGGCAGUAGAUCAAACAUUUCUGUAUGAAUCCUUCCAUUCCUGGAAUGACAAGCGAAUCCAAUCAGCAAUUUCCAACUUCGGUUUUCAGCUUUGACCCAUAUCCACCUCCUUUUGGGGUGAACUGGAAUCAGCCAAACCCCUUCGCGAACCGAGCUCCGCAAUUCAACCCUAAUAAUGCUGUCUCGGGUCAGCCACAAACGUAUUCAGGUGGGCCCUUUUCUCCUGGUCCUCCUGCUGUAUCACAAAUGUCCAGUCCUAUGGCAACUACCUCAGUUAGAACUGCAAUGAAUCCCGUGUUGGAUCAGCGACCGAAUAGCGGAAUGGUACCUUUCACCCAGCCACAAAGCACAUUUUCUUUUGGUAGUCCCAGGCCUCUGCAGGAACUUGUGCAGUUCCCCUUUCAAAUCACCAAUAAUGAAAGUAAACAAAGAGAGUUCAGAUUCAAAAGGAAAACUGAUUCACCACCUUUACAACCUUCCAAACAACACAUCACAGAAGAAAAAAUGGCAGAACACAUGUCUAGACUCCACAUAAAUUCUGAAACGGCAGCUUCUACAGAGACUGGUUCUGAUCAAGUUCAAAGAUUGUACAUGUGUGAGGAAAUGAGGAAGUUUCAAUGUGAAUCCAUCCUGCCCCAGAGAAUAGUGUCUCUGAUUCAAAGCCCUUGCACUGCUCUGGUGCUUUGGAAGCCCCCUGCCAAGUUGGUGGCUGAUUCAGAUGAUGAUGGAGGUGAAAGAAAUGAGAACAAUAAUGCUGAAAGUGUUCCUGAUGGUCAUGAUAUGGAUGAUGAAGAUGCAGUUUGUAUAAAUAAUAUGGAUAUGGACAAUUGUUGAUCAAUUUUUGAUAUUGCUGGAAGUGUUCAAGACUGAUUUUUGCCGUGAAUCUAUGUUGUAUAACCAAUUCUGUUUUAGCAGUCAGGAGAAAGUGAUAAUUCGAAUCCAUUUGUUUUGGACAUUUUUAUUUUUAUGUUCAUGUGAAUAAUGAAAACAAUCUCUUUUGAUAAAAUCAUUAGGUCUGCAGAAAAUAUGAAAAUCUUCAACAUGAUAGAUAAUAUGUCUUAUGAUAGUGAAAUUAUUUUGAAUUAUUCCAAAAUGACUAUACCUAUAGCUACUCUUAGUCCAUUGAAACUUUGAAGUGAUGACGUUUUCCUAUAUUUCUGAGAGUAAACAUGUUCAGAAAUUUGUGCUCAAAACAACAUUGCUUCAUUUCAUGAACAUUUUUGAAAUCAUUUUUAAAUAUUCUUGGAUUUGUUUGAUUUAUUUUUCAUAAAAAUGUGAUUUACUAUAUUAUAUUUUGUGCUUUUUUUUACUGUACACUGUUUUGUGCUAAUUUUAGUUCUUUCAGUUGAAUGAAGUAUCUAUUUU